CUAAAGAAAUUAUUACCACAUUCGGUUGAAGUUGUCAUUAACACUAUGUAAAUUCUCAAAUGUGCAUGCAGGCAAAUAAUUGGAGAUAGCCAAUGUAAUAAAAUAUUUAGUCUAGUAUUUGACCUUGACCACUCUGUCUGAAUGUAGCUAGUGAAGAUAUUAUUUGAUAUAAGACACGUCUGCGUGAGAAGGAUCCGCCUCUCGUUUGUUUCAUUUUUAAGAAAGAGGAAUUGUUCCUUUCGCACGUUUAAAUUCCACCAUGCAAACUUUAUAUCGUCAUAUAAGAGACUUGAGUUGCUUCACUAAUGAACCGCUAUGCAGAAAUGACAUUUGUGAUAUAAACGUAGGACAUUAGACUACAUCUCCACAUUUCAAUAACAAAGAAAAAUACAUGGAACGGAUGAAGCUCAUAUCGGUGAUGCUUUUCUGCACUUGCUUUCAUGACUACUGUGCAGCCAAAGCAUCGCCACACAAGUCAACAUGUACGGUUGAAAACAGCAAAGCAGACUGUAGUCAUAUGAAUCUGGAUGCGGUUCCAACAAACCUGCCCAGAAAUAUCAGCGCAUUGGAUGUGUCCCACAAUAAACUAAAAACUCUGUCUUCCCUGCGUUUGUACACUGAGCUGGUGCACAUAGAUGCCAGCUACAACUCUCUAACUGCCAUAGCAGAUGAUCUUUGUUCUUCUCUGCCACGCCUGCAAAGCCUUCACGUCCAACACAAUGAAGUUUAUUUAUUGAGCGAGAAAAACCUGAAAAGCUGUUCUCAUUUGAUCCAGCUCGACCUCUCUGACAACAGAUUGAAGCUCAAGGGAGAGCCCUUCUCAGUUUUGAAGGAUUUGUCAUGGUUGGACGUGUCUCGAAACAAACUGAAAUCUGCUAAACUGGGAACACAACCUCAGCUGCCGCACCUGGUAACUCUUGUUCUUACAGGAAAUGAGAUAUCUGUACUGCAAAAGGACGACUUCUUAUUCCUCAGUAAUUCAUCGGAAUGGGUUCUGAUACUUUCAUCCCUGCCUCUUAAAAAGGUCGAGAAUGGCUGUUUCCAGGCUAUUGCUGGACUAUCUGACUUGGUCCUGGAUGGCAGCAAGCUCAGCCCCCAGUUUACCCCCAGUUUUUGUCAAGAACUUGCUGGCACAGCCUUGCAAAACCUUUCCCUUCAAAACACUCUUCAGUUAACACUCACGAACACCACCUUCCGAGGCCUAGACAAGACUAACAUCACUGUGCUCGAUCUUUCCAAUAACGCAAUGACAAAGAUUGCAGAUGGCUCCUUUCAGUGGUUUCCCAGACUGAAGUUUUUAUCCCUGGAGCACAACUCCCUUAAACACCUAACUAAGGACACCUUUAGUGGCCUUGGAAACCUGAGGCAACUUAACCUUCAGAAAGCACUGGUUAAGGGCCGUACGUCGCCCUAUCCACUAAUCGAUGACUUCUCCUUCCAACAUCUAGUCCAGCUGGAGCAUCUGUGGAUGUCAAAUACUGCCUUCCGAGAGAUAACGGAUAAUAUGUUUUCUGGACUUGCUAACCUGAAGACGCUGGACCUGAGUGGGAGCAGCACAGGGUUAAAAAUAAUCACAAAUAAAACUUUUGCUUCCCUGAAAGAGUCUCCACUUCAGACACUGAAUCUUACAAGCAUGGAUAUUUCAAGGCUGGGUCCUAGAGCUUUUGGAAACUUGGGCAACCUCACAAAACUCCUGCUUGGCCACAAUUAUAUUUUUCAGCAAUUGAAAGGGAAUGAGCUUGAGGGACUGUCUAAUGUAAUAGAGAUUGACUUUUCUUUAAACCAUCAAAGUAUUUGUCUUACCAAUACAUCAUUCAUCCAUGUCCCUAAAUUGAGGACUCUAAUGCUAGGUCGAGCACUUAGAGGGACUUUAGAUUUAGAAGCCUCUCCAUUCAGGCCCCUGGUCAACCUCACCUUUCUAGAUCUCAGUAAUAACAAUAUUGCGAACAUCAAUGCUGGCUUACUGCAAGGAUUGUAUCAUCUGAAAGUGCUGAAGAUGCAGCAUAACAACUUGGCAAGGUUGUGGAAGACCGCCAACCCUGGUGGUGCAGUUUUGUUUCUCAAGGACGUUACCAAACUGUCUUAUCUAGAUCUGGACUACAACGGCCUGGAUGAGCUUCCACUUGAGGCUUUGCGUGGUUUGUCCGAGCUGCGUGAGCUUAGUCUCCGUGGUAAUCUUUUGAAUCAGCUGCGUGCCUCUGUAUUCGAUGACCUGACGUCUUUACGCUAUUUGCAUCUUCAAAAGAACCUCAUAACGUCCGUCCAACGCGUCACAUUUGGCGUGCCGCUGUCCAACCUGACGGAACUUCAGAUGGACCGCAACCCCUUUGACUGCACCUGUGAGAGUAUCCUGUGGUUCUCCGAGUGGCUCAACUCCACCAACGCUAGCGUUCCCGGAUUCCCAAGAAGUUACCUCUGCAACACACCGAAUGGGUAUUUCAACCGCUCUGUCAUGGAGUUUGACCCACUCUCUUGCAAGGAUAUGACGCCUUUUAAGGCGCUGUAUAUUUUCAGUAGUACCGCAGUGUUGACGCUGUUAUUUACGGCUUUCCUGCUACACUUCCAGGGAUGGAGAAUUCAGUUCUUCUGGAGCAUAAUGGUAAACCGUGUACUUAAGGAUAAAAGUGUUACUGAAGCUAGAUACCUGUACGAUGCUUAUAUCAUACAUUCUGCCGACGACAAGCCGUGGGUGGAACGAAGUUUGCUCCCCCUAGAGGAUGAACAUUUUAAUUUUUUUCUUGAAGACCGAGAUGCAACACCUGGAUUUUCUCAUCUUGACACUAUUGUUGAAAAUAUGGGACGGGCCAAAAAGAUCAUUUUUGUUAUUACAGAAAUGCUUCUAAGGGAUCCUUGGUGCAGGCAAUUCAAAGCCCAUCAUGCUCUUCACCAGGUAAUGGAGAACAAUCGUGACUCGCUGAUUCUGAUUUUUCUGCAAGAUGUAGAGGAUUACAGCCUGAACCGUUCUUUACAUCUACGCCGUGGCAUGUUAAAACCUCGCUGUAUCCUCGACUGGCCUUUACACCAAGAACGCAUCCCAGCUUUCCAUCAAAAACUUCGCUUAGCAUUAGCUUCUACCAACAAGGUCAACUAGACGUCAUUCUGGUCAUAAGCUAAAGAUACCUGUACAUACUUUGACAUGGGCUGAUAUUUCAAACUUUUUUCAUAUUCAAAUAAUAUACAGAUAUUAUCAAAAUCAAAACCUCAAAGGCAUAA